GUGGGUGCGCUGGCACGGCAGCGCCCUCGAGGGGCACGGAUCGCACGAGGACCUCCUCGCGGAGGGGUCCGGCGGCAUCUUCGUCGACCCCUCGCUGUGCCUGGGCGCUGGGCAGAUCCUGCGCCUGGAGUUCCUGGCGAGCCGGCCCGGGGCACUGCUUCCGGCUCUUCGCCGUCGAGGAGGCGGCCCGGCGCGUGAGCGACGUGAGCGCCACCGCCGCGGGGGUGAACGGAGAGCGGAGCCGGGCUGGAUCACGUCCACGGGGCUCGUCCCGGGGGCCUGGGGCUUUGCCCCGGAGGCCUGGAGGUUCGGCGACCGCGAGUGCAUCGGAUUCGGGUUCAGACCCACUGGGGGUGCAGACGACUCGUGCAGGGUCCCCUUCUCGAGGACGGAGGGCAGCGGCCGCUACGUGACGGGCUUUCUUGGCAUGAACGUGGACGAUGAUAUAGGCGGACAAGAAUUCAGCACAUGGGCGACGGAAGAAACGGUCUCGAGCUUCCCACGGAAGGUCGCGCGUAGGCGCCAUCUUCCACGCGGUGUGCCACGCUGGCGGCCCACGUCAGCCGCGGCGUAA